AUGAAUCCCCCCUCCUCCGCCGACAUCAAGGCCGUCCUCUCCUCCGUCGGCAUCGACGCUGAGGGUGACCGCCUCGAGAAGGUCGUCUCCGAGCUCCAGGGCAAGGACCUCAACGAGCUGAUUGCUGAGGGUUCCACCAAGCUCGCCUCCGUUCCCUCCGGUGGUGCUGCCGCUGCCGCCGCUCCCGCCGGCGGUGCUGCUCCCGCUGAGGAGAAGAAGGAGGAGAAGGAAGAAGAGAAGGAGGAGUCCGAUGAGGACAUGGGCUUCGGUCUCUUCGACUAA